AUGGUUUUCCCGGCUUGCUCGGUUGCCUCGACUGUAUGCAUGUUGGAUGGGCUAUGUGUCCUACGGCUUGGCGAGGCCAGUACCACCGAGGUGAUCUUCGGCCCGACAAUUAUACUUGAGGCGUUAGCCUCGCAUGAUCUUUGGUUUUGGCAUGCGUUUUUUAGAGUUGCUGGGUCAAAUAACGACCUAAAUGUUAUCGAUCAAUCCCCAAUAUUCGAUGACAUUAUCGACGGGAUUGAGCCAACACAAUCGUUUUAUGCAAACGGGAAACAUUUCAAGUAUGGUUACUACCUGGUUGACGGUAUUUACGAGUGUUCGACACUUAUUCAAGCUUUUUCGUCUACAACUAAUGGCAAACGAAAGUACUUUACAAAGAAGCAAGAAUCAACAAGAAAAUAUAUUGAAAGAGCGUUUGGAGUUCUAAAGAAAAGAUUUCAUUUGAUUGCCAACCCAGUACGGUUUAUGACGCCAGAGAAAAUAAAAAUAAUGGACGUCAUCUACACUUAUCUAAUUCUACAUAACAUGAUUCUGGAAGAUCAAAGUAUGUCUAUUUGUCAAAACUACUAA